GUCCUUGACACCUUUAUCGAUUUCACAGCUGGAUUCUCAUGUUCUUCUUCCUUCUUCGUCUUCCAAGCUUUUUCGGGAGCUUCUUGGUUUUGAUCUGCUGUUUAUAACUCUCUCUCUCCCCUAGUUCUUAUUCGUGAUCAAGAUGCUGAGGAGAUAUUGAAUGGAGUAGAUGUUGAGUUUGUGGCAACUUAAUUUUAGAGUCCUUCGGUCUUUUCUAGAGGAAAUGAAACUAUUAAGAUUUGCUGGUGUAGUUUUCAUUUUUAUCUUAGCCUUCCAAUUCGUGAACAUACAUUACUAUGGUGGUGAUAUAUUAUCUUUAUCUUCUCAAGAUGAGUUUCCUGUAUCGAUACAUGGAAGCACAGAGCCAAUACGGCCGUUGUCUGGUCCUGAGAGACUGAAUGUUAGUGGUUCGGUAUCAGCUGAGGUAUCUGAAGGGGAAAGAACCGGUUUAGGAGAAGACUAUGUGAUUAGCUCUGAUGCAAAUGUUAGUGUUCAGUCUCAUGAUGCAAAGGAUAAGGAAACUCUGGACUUGCUGCUAGAGACAAGAAGCAGCAUGAAUGGGAGUGAUGCUGACAUUGUUAAUGAAAAUAAUAGAAAUGUGGAGAUUCUGGAAUCUGAUGAUUUUGUAGAGGAUGCAAAAGAUAAGGAUGCUCUGGACUCGCUGUUAGAGACAAGAAGCAGCAGCUCCAACGGGAGUUAUGGGGAUGUUGUGGAAGAUGCUGAGAUUGUUAAUGAAAAUAAUAGGAAUGUGGAGACUCUGGAGACUAGAUCUGAUGAUAAUCUUUCCCCAGAGGUGAAAAGAGUAAUGAAUGUUUCGAAUUCUGGGGUGGUUUCUAUCUCUGAGAUGAUGAGUUUAUUGCAUCAAAGCCGCACUACUCAUGUCUCACUGAAAAUGAAACGGCCUUCUGCAGUUGAUCAGGAGCUGCUGUAUGCAAGAACCCAAAUUGAGAACUCACCAAAGGUGGAGAACGACCCUUUACUGCACGGUCCUUUGUAUUGGAAUCUUUCCAUGUUCAAAAGGAGCUAUGAGCUAAUGGAGUCCAAGCUCAAAGUAUAUGUCUACAGGGAAGGCAAAAGACCUGUAUUUCAUAAGCCAGUUCUGAAAGGGAUAUAUGCAUCCGAAGGAUGGUUUAUGAGACAGCUCAAAGCCAGCAAAACAUUCGUCACGAAAAACCCGCGUAAAGCUCACCUGUUCUACCUUCCUUUCAGCUCCAAAAUGUUGGAAGAAUCUCUCUAUGUCCCUGGUUCUCACAGCGACAAGAAUCUCGUUAAGUUCCUGAAGAACUAUUUGGACAUGAUCUCCUCCAAAUAUCACUUCUGGAAUAAAACUGGAGGAUCAGAUCAUUUUUUAGUUGCUUGUCAUGACUGGGCUCCUUCCGAGACAAGGCAGUACAUGGCCAACUGCAUCAGAGCAUUAUGCAACUCUGACGUGUCAGAAGGUUUUGUGUUUGGCAAAGAUGUAGCACUUCCCGAGACAACUAUUCUUGUUCCCAGGAGACCGCUUAGGGCUCUAGGAGGUAAACCCAUUUCACAAAGGCACAUACUUGCCUUCUUUGCAGGUGGGAUGCACGGCUACCUUAGACCUCUCUUAUUACAAACCUGGGGAGGUAACAGAGAUCCAGACAUGAAGAUAUUCAGUGAGAUACCCAAGUCCAAAGGGAAAAAUAAGAGUUACAUGGAGUUCAUGAAGAGCAGCAAGUAUUGCAUUUGCCCAAAAGGGCAUGAAGUCAAUAGCCCUAGGGUCGUGGAGGCAUUGUUCUAUGAGUGUGUCCCUGUUAUCAUAUCUGAUAACUUCGUGCCUCCUUUCUUUGAAGUCAUAAACUGGGAGUCUUUUGCAGUGUUUGUGUUGGAGAAAGACAUUCCUGAUUUGAAGAACAUAUUAGUGUCGAUAAGUGAGGAAAGAUAUAGAGAGAUGCAGAUGAGGGUGAAGAUGGUGCAGAAGCAUUUCCUUUGGCAUUCUAAACCUGAGAGAUUUGAUAUAUUUCAUAUGAUACUUCAUUCUAUUUGGUACAACAGAGUUUUUCAAACUUGAAACCACAUAUAAUAUACUAGGAUUGAAAUAUGUAGAGCAUGCAUAUGAUCAGCAGAGAGAUUCAUUUAUACAAAAAUAAGACUGUACUUGCAAGUUUUGCAA